GAAUUGCUCCGGCGUACAAAGACAUGGCUCGAGGACCCCAAAAGCGGUGAUUGGGUCCUAGUUAUUGACAAUGCCGACAAUGAAGCCGACUUUAUUGGAAACAAUAGCCCCAUUUCCAAGUUUGUGCCACAAGGGUGUGAAGGGACUGUGAUAUUCACGACUAGAUCUCGGCGGGUUGCGAUUCGACAGGGCUGUAAGAUCAUCGAGGUUGGGAAGAUGGAGCCGAAAGAGGCUAUCGACUUGUUCUCCAAGCGACUUGAUAGCUGGCAGAGCUUGGGAGGUGAAGAAAAGGCGACUGUUUCAACAAUCCUAGACUCGAUGGAUCAUGUACCGCUGGCUGUU